AAAGAGUUGUUUUUCCCUCCGACAAACUAGCAGUAUUCCUGUCGCGGUGGGUAGUUUGGGCUCGUUGCUUGUACCUCUGGUUUUGAUUCCCUGCACAGAGCAGUGUAUUGUGUUUGCAAAUGAGGGGGCAGGGCAGGACAAUAUGUGGUCUGUCAAUGAGUCUAUUGGGUGUUUUAGGAGUGUCUUUGGCAUGUGGACUGCCAAUGUGGCGUGAGACAUCACUUGUGGGAGCAAAUAUUGUAACAGCACAAACGGUGUGGGAAGGUCUGUGGCUACAAUGUGUCAUCCAAGCAACGGGUCAGAUGCAGUGCAAUAAACAGACAAUGUCCACCAAUAUGACGAUUGACAUCCAGGCGGGGCGCGCCCUCACGCUGAUCUCCAUCGUCGUCGGCCUCCUGGGCUUCAUCGUCACCGUCCUCGGGGGCGGUGUAGUCAACUGCAGCGGACAGCCACCUGACCCAUAUGAACCUCCAUCGGCUUCCUCCUCCAAAAAGAAGGUUUCUCUGUUGGGCGGAGUUCUAUGUGUCUUGGCUGGUAUCCUGUGCCUGAUUGCAGUCAGCUGGUCGGCAGCACUAACCAUCUCAGUCUUUAAUAACGCUUUGACGCCUGAUGCCCUCAAGAGGGAAGUUGGCUCCUCCAUCUACAUAGGCUGGGCCUCGUGUGUGCUGCUUCUGCUCGGCGGUGUCCUUAUCUGCUUCAUUUGUGGGAAAGAGGAGGCACCCGAGCCUUCCUACUACUACAUGCCGUACAACUCCAGGGACAGUUCAUCCCGCAUGGCAACUUUCAUGUCUGAUGAUACGAGAUCAGACACAACUCAGACGUAUCAUUAUCCGAGGGGGAGCGUACGGCAUGUAGCACAAGUGCACCAACAAAAUUACUUGAGUAAACCUCAGAGCGUUGCCAUGUUCUACAAUCAGCCUCAGCCAAUCAGCCCAGAAUGGGUUCAUGUAUGAGUAGUCAGACAAGUUUGCAUUUAUGUGAUUCUAACUAUGGUAAUAUCUGCAAAUUCAUGCAGAAAAGCAUUGUUGAAAUCCACAAAUUAGCAUAAAAAUAGUAAUUAGGCGUCAAGUAAAAGGUGUCUGGACCAUAGACUGUUUAAAUAUGGAUCACUCAAAAGUGAAGCCAAAGCAAGUAGAGCUCCCCCCAUAGACUGGCUGAAGUGUAGGUCAUAAGCUCCACCUCCUCUAUGUUAGACAGGGCUGCCAGGCCUCCUGGAAAACCUGGAAAAUGAUUGACCAAUUUUCCAGUCAUGGAAAACAUAUGGGAAAUGAGAAAAAAGUAAAAUGUCCUGAAAAGGCUGAAAUUGUCCUGGAAAAUUAGGUGUCCUCCCUCUGUUAGUGAACGCAAACGGAUAAAAAUUAGCUCCCCAUGUGACGCUACCAGCCAAUCAAAUGUGACACGCUCCCCACAGCUGUCUGCUACCUAGUGUUUCCAUAUGAAUUUGUCACUAGAUUCAGGAACUUUUCAGACGCCAGUAAGGAUUUAUUUUUUUCUAAAGAAGGCGUCAUUAGUCCUCCUCAAUAAUUUGGUGUUUUUUUAUUUAUUUAUUUUACAAAAAAGGCGGGUCAGAUACAUAUAAAGUGUCCACAAUAUGAGUUUAAAUAAGUAACUAUAUAAAUAAAUAUAUACUGCAUGAUCACUUACACAUGAUCAUAAAUCUGUCCGUUUCCCUUCCACUUCAUAGUGUAAGGUAAAGCAAGCCCCUUCAUUGUGUCCAUUCCAAUGGGAAAAACGUCAAUAGAAAUUCAUCUCUAUUCAAAUACUGUAUAACGUGAUUAGCGACUUUUCAUGCUGUUUUUAGCUAGCUGCUCUCUAAUGAAAGUAGUUGUCAACACCCAAGUUAAAUGUACAGUACACAGACCACAUGGAAGAGGGACCCCUUAAAUGAGAAGAGUAGGCAGUGAAAACUCAAGACUUAAAUGUUUAUUUGAGCUGCUGCCGGCAGUUGUUUUUGCUAAUCUUGUUAGCAUGAAUGAAUGACAUUCAACUUUAGCAUUACAUUGAUCAAUCAGUCAAUAUUUAGCAACUUUCAAGCAAGUCCAAUGUAAUUAAACAAAACAAGACAUAGGAAAUAAAGUAAAAAUGUUCUUGGUAACUAACACACACUGAGCCAUAUGAGUGGAUAAAUAAUGCAAGGUAAGAAAUAAAAUAUAAAAACUCAAUACAAUGGUGAAAUAAUAUGAACAUGACAAAAUAAAAUUUAGGCUAACAGUAAAUCAUAAUUUUUAUUUAUUUUGUGAAUAAGUAGAGUAAAUAGAGAUUAAAAAUAAAUAAAUAAAUAAAAUAAGACAUACAUCUCUAAUAGUAGGACACUAAAUAAAAGCCAGACUAAAAGGAUAGCUAGCAGAUGAUGUUUAUGCCUCAGAGUUAGAAAUAAAUAUAUUUUAAGUUCAAUAUAAUAGCUAACUAUGAGCCCUUAAUUUUGUUUCUUUAAGAGCUAGAUUAGUGUGAAAGAAGCAGUAAAGUGUCACAUCAUGCGUACAGUAUGUAUAAUACACAGAAAUUAUGAACGAUAUGAAAAAGCUAAGGUAUGAACAGUAAUUUACCAAAUGAAAAAUCUGUGUGAGCAGUAAUAUAUUGUUUCACAUGUGUGUUGUUGUGAGUGGAAAGAAGGCCAGUUCAGGGACUGGCGAGGAGAUGCGCAAAGGGCAUAUUGCAAGUUCCGCAGUAAGUCUUUUGAUAAUGGUAACGUGAGUGUCUCAGCGCUCAUGAGUCAUGCACGUGGAAAAGGCAAUGUCAAUAUUGCUAGACAAUUAAGCAGUGGAGGAAGAAUUUUAUUAGGAUGACUCAUUCAGCAGUCACAGGGGAGGGAAGUAGCUGUCUGCAACCAAAGAGACACACGUGUCUGGUACAAGUGCAAAGAGGAAAAGCUUAGGGACACAAGGAAACCAAGCAUUUAUUUAUUUUUAAUUUUUUGUCUUCUGUGUUCGAAGCAGAGAUUUGCUGGGUCACAUCCCGCUACUCAUUCAGCUCCUGAGUGAGUGAGUGAGUGAGUGAGUGAGUGAGUGAGUGAGGAGAGUUGAAAGUACCUACAAUAACUGGGGGACUUUUUUGGAGGAAUAUUUUUAUUUGAAUUUGUUAUAUUGACCAUUUUGCACUGCAGAGAUUUGAUUUGAUUUGGACAUAUUUAGCCAGUAUGUUUUUCUAGGCUAUUUGGCAAUGACUUUGAUUUUUACUGAAUGCAGGUGUCACACUUAAAGUAAAUUGUAGUUGACAGAAAUGAAACAAGGAAACUGUUUUUGGUGAUUUAGUGAAUUUAGUGAAAAAUAUUUUGUAGAGAAAGUACACGAGCGAAAGGAAGAGAAAAUGGAAAGCUGAGGUGAGAGUUGCCCAAACCUAUAUUGUAACUUGGUUAUAUUGUAUAUUGAUUAUGUGAGAUAUGGUAUAGCCAUAGGCUGCACAUCAUAUCGGUGAUUUCAUUCAUUUCGCCUAUAAGUGGUUACUCUGUUUCUGUGACAGAGAAAACCUAAAUACAUGAUUCAAACUGGUGGUUUUAAAUGCGUGAGAAAGACCGAAGUGUCGCUGCAUGAAAGUAAUUGUGUGUAUUUCAAUUUUAAUGUCCUAAUAAAUUCAAAGGAAACUGUUA